AUCAUUGCAAUUUGUUUUUCGAUUCCGCCUUCUUAAACCGCUGCCACUUCAGUUCUCUGUUUUCAGCCUUGUGAAAUGGAGAGAAAGGGUUUCAAAUUAGGGAAAUUUCUGAUUUCUUCUCCCAAUUUUCACCAAUCAGGUAAUUUACACUUCGCCUUCCGUUAUUUGCGUACAAAAUCUGUUUCAAAUUGCAAUUCCCCCGAGAAAAUGAAGCUUGAACUGGGUAAUAUCAAUGGCUUGGAUGAAGCUAUGAAUCUGUAUAAGAAUAUGGCGGAAACGAGACCUUUUCCUCGUAUACAACACUUCAAUCAGCUGCUUUCGCAUUUGGUUAAUCUGAAAGAGUAUUCCGCAUCCAUUUUACUAUUCAAUGAUAUCUGCAAUUUGGGGAUUUCAGUUACUGAGUACACAAUGAGUAUUGCUAUUAAUAGUUAUUGCCUCUCUAAUCGUAUCGAUUACGGGUUUUCCAUUCUGGCAAUGUUCUUCAAGCGCGGCUGCGUCCCCGAUUCGAUCACUUUCAAUACCUUAUUGAAGGGUUUGUUUCGAGAAAAUAGGGUUAGCGAGGCGCAGGAAUUGUUUAGGAAGAUUGUGAGGGAAGGAUUGUGUGAGCUCACUGUAGUUACUUACGGGACUGUGAUCGACGGGCUUUGCAAGUCGGGUAAUACUACAGUUGCUAUUGAAUUGCUCGGAGUAAUGGAGAAAGGGAGUUGUUGUAAGCCCAACAUCAAUGUGUACAACAUGGUUAUUGAUUCCUUAUGUAAGAAUAGAGGGAUGGAAUCCGCGUUGAAUCUCUUUCGCGAAAUGAAAGAGAAAGGCGUUGCGCCGAAUGUUUUCACUUACAAUUCGUUGCUUUGUGCGUUAUGUAAUUUGAGUCGGUGGGAACAAGUUAAGAUGCUAGUGAAGGAAAUGGCAGAUUACAAGAUAUAUCAGGAUAAGGUGACAUUCACCACUAUUAUCAAUGCUUUAUGUAAAGAAGGAUUGGUCGACGAAGCGGAAGAUGUGCUCCGUAUCAUGUUGCAGAAAAAUGUGGCUCCGGAUGUAGUCUCUUACAGCGCGUUGAUGGAUGGGUAUUGUCUGCAAGGACGAGUGGAUGAAGCCCGUAACGUGUUUGAUAAAAUGCCUAGCAAGAAUAUUGCUCCUAAUAUUGUAAGUUUUAGCAUCUUGAUCAAUGCAUAUUGCAAGCAAGUGAAAAGGAUCGACGAGGCCUUGCAUCUCUUCCGUGAUAUGCAACGUAAAGGGUUCGAACCCGAUGUGGCGCCAUAUAACACUCUACUACACGGGCUAUUUCACGGUGGUAGAUAUUCUUGUGCAAUGAAGCUUUUUGACGAGUUGCAAACUGUUGGGCUGAAACCUAACUUUUAUACUUACUUUAACUUGUUGGAUGGACUGUGUAUGAACGGGCAAACCGAACGGGCGUUGUUGUUGUUGGAACAAUUGGAGCAGAAGAAAAACGAAUAUCUUCAUAUUGCUUACUACAGUAUUGUGAUGGAUGGAUUCUUGAAAGCUAAAGAAGUUGAUAAAGCUCGAGUUAUUUUUAGCAAUCUCCCUUGUAAAGGAUUGGAACCGGAUGUGAAAACCUACACUAUCAUGAUAAACGGAUGUUGCCAAAACGGGCUUCUUUUGGAGGCUAAAGAUCUUCUUGCGAAGAUGGAAGAGGCAAGAGUGUUGCCGAAUGAGGUUACCUAUAAUGCUAUUAUUCGAGGGAAUCUAUUGAGCGGUGAAUACGAUGAUGCAGCAAAGUUUUUCGAGGAAAUGAGUGAUAGAGGAUUCUCCCCUGAUCCAUCAACGUUUCGCGUGAUGCUUGAUUUAGUCGGGACUAAGGAACAGAGCCCUACUGUCGUCUUGAAAAUGAUUCAAAAGUUGGCUCCAAAUACUUUUAAAAACCAACCAAAAUUACGAGGCAACGCUAUAAGAGAGAAACACGACUUUACUAUAAUUCGAUUCCGCCUUCUUAAACGUCUGCAACUUCAAUUCUCUGUUUUCCAGACUUCUGAAAUGGAGAGAAAGGGUUUCAAUUUGGGGAAAUUUCUGAUUUCUUCUCCCAAUUUUCACCAAUCAGGUAAUUUACACUUCUCCUUCCGUUAUUUUCUUACAAAAUCUGUUUCAAGUUGCAAUUCCCCUGAGAAAAUGAAGCUUGAACCUGGAAAUAUCAAUGGCUUGGAUGAAGCUAUGAAUCUGUAUAAGAAUAUGGCGGGAACGAGGCCUUUUCCUCGUAUACAACGCUUCAAUCAACUGCUUUCGCGUUUGGUCUAUCUGAAAGAGUAUUCCGCAUCCAUUUUACUAUUCAAUGAUAUCUGCAAUUUGGGGAUUUCAGUUACUGAGUACACUAUGAACGUUGCUAUGAACAGUUAUUGCCUCUCUAAUCGGAUCGAUUACGGGUUUUCCGUUCUGGCUAUGUUCUUCAAGCGCGGCUGCGUCCCCGAUUCGAUCACUUUCAAUACCUUGUUGAAGGGUUUGUUUCGAGAGAAUCGGAUUAGCGAGGCGCAGGAAUUGUUUAGGAAGAUUGUGAGAGAAGGGUUGUGUGAGCUGACUGUAGUUACUUACGGGACUGUGAUCGACGGGCUUUGCAAGUCGGGUAAUACUGCAGUUGCUAUCGAAUUGCUCGGAGUAAUGGAGAAUGGGAGCUGUUGUAAGCCCAACAUCAAUGUUUACAACAUGGUUAUUGAUUCCUUAUGUAAGGGGAAAAAGAUGGAAUCCGCGUUGGAGUUUUUCGAUGAACUGAUUGGAAAAGGUGUAACGCCGGAUAUCUUCACUUACAAUGCUUUGAUUUGUGGAUUGUGUAAUUUGAGUCGGUGGGAGCAAGUUAAGGUAUUAGUGACGGAAAUGGCGGACUGCAGAAUAUAUCCGGAUAGGGUGACGUUCAAUACUAUUCUUGAUGCUUUAUGUAAAGAAGGAUUGGUGGACGAAGCGGUAGACGUACUCCGUAUCAUGAUGCAGAAAAAUGUGGUUCCGGAUGCAGUGUCGUACAAUUCUUUGAUGGAUGGUUAUUGUCUGCAAGGACGAGUGGACGAAGCCCGUAACGUGUUCGAUUCAAUGCCUAGCAGGAAUAUUGCUCCUACUAUACAAAGUUUUAAUAUCUUAAUCAAUGGAUAUUGCAAGAAACUGAAGAUAGACGACGCAGUGCAUCUCUUUCGCGAGAUGGCCCUUAAAGGGUUCAAACCCGACGUGACGACAUACAGCACCCUAUUACACGGGCUGUUUCACAGUGGCAGAUAUUCUUGUGCAAUGAAGCGUUUUGAUGAGUUACAAACUGUUGGGCUGAAACCUAACUUCUAUACUUACUGUAACUUGUUGGACGGACUGUGUACGAACGGCCAAACUGAACGAGCGUUGUUGUUGUUGGAUGAGUUGGAGCAGAAAGGAGAGCAUCUUCAUACUUCAUACUACACUAUAGUCAUGGAUGGAUUGUGCAAAGCUAACGAAGUUGAUAAAGCUCGAGUCGUUUUUAACGAUCUCCCUUCGAAAGGUUUGCAACCUAACGUGGUAACCUACACUAUUCUGAUAAAAGGGUGCUGUCAAAACGGGCUUUUUGAUGAAGCGAAAGAUCUUCUUUCGGAGAUGAAACGGGUAAAUUUGUUGCCCGAUGGGAUUACCUACAAUGCCAUUGUUCAAGGAUUUAUCGCGAAGGGCGAAUACGACGACGCAACAAAGUUUCUCGAGGAAAUGGGUGCUAACGGAUUUUCUGCAGAUUCGUUUACUUUCUCGCUGCUGCUCGAUUUAGUCGGGACGAAGAAGCAAAAUCCUACUGUUUUGAAAAUGAUUCAAAAGUUGGGUCCAAGUACUUUAAAACACAAAUUAUGAGCCAAAAAAUUGUGCUACUGGGAUUUUUUUUUCUUUCUAAAAUCACAGAUGAUAAUUAAUAAUA